CUGCAGUUUUCUCAUAUGUUCGUGUAGGAAAGGGGUGGAGAUGAUUUGUUGGAUGCUAUAGUAGUAACACAGGACAUGGCUGUACAAGAAAUCAAAAUAUGUUUACUUGGCGAUUCUGGUGUGGGAAAAUCAAGUAUUGUUCGAAGAUUUGUUAAUAACACAUUUAAUCCUACCUCAGAAAGUACUAUAGGUGCUUCAUUUAUGACAAAAAAUGUUGUCCUUGAUGGUUUUACUUUCAAAUUUAACAUAUGGGAUACUGCAGGACAAGAAAGAUAUCGGGCAUUAGCACCUAUGUAUUAUAGAGGAGCUGGGGCUUCCAUCAUUGUGUAUGACAUUACACAAAAUUGUACAUUUGCAGCUGUGAAAAGUUGGGUUCGUGAAUUACAAUUACAUGGUCCACCUAGCAUAAUUUUAACAAUAGCUGGCAAUAAAUGUGAUUUAGAUGAUAAAAGAGAAGUGCCUUAUAAUGUUGCAAAGAAAUAUGCAGAAGAAAUUGGUGCAAUUUUUAUUGAAACAAGUGCUCUGACUGCUGUUAAUAUCAGCGAAGCAUUUGAAGAAAUCACAAAGCGUCUUCCUCGAAAUAAUGAACCACAAGCACCUAAUCAUACCAUUCAUCUCAAGAAGGAAAAAGUUAAGAAAAAAUGUUGUUAACAUUGAUGAUGUGCCUUUUUUUUGUAAUUCGUUAUACAAAAAUGAAAACAAAUUUAUUAACUAUUACAUAUGAUAAUUAUGCACAAUACUCAUGCCAUAAUUAAGAAAUUUAUUUUCAUAAAUUUAAAAUAUAUAUAAUAUAUUGAAAAUUAUUUAUUUUCCUAUACAAAAUUUGUAAAUUUAUUAAUCUUGAAAACUAAUGGAAAACAAAAUGCAGCUAUAUUUGUUUUCAUAUAUUUUGUGUGUCUUUCAGAAUGGUUGUGUUAUUAAUGACAUAUCAGCACACAAAUAUCCAAGUUUAAAAUCAUUAAGUGUCAAACUCUUAUAUAAAAUGUAUAAAUGAAUUUUACACUAAAUAUUUAUGUAAAAUAACCAGUUGUUUGUAUACAAAAGUUAGUAAUAUAAUUUUCCUAAAUUAUAAUUAUAUAUUUUCUCUAGUCUAUGUUUAAAAUUUAUUAAUAUUUAUAUUAUAAUAAUUACAAAUAAAGUUUGGAGGUCACAACUGUAUAUUUUGAAAGUAUUUCAUUAAAAUUUAUUAUAUUAAAAUUGUUAAACACAUUUCUAAAUUUGUGAUAUUGAAAAUCAUUAUAUCAAAGUGAUACAUUCUAUUGCAUUUUUAAUACUUUGAUAAAAGAAAAAGCUGUA